GACGUUCACGCUCCGGUCGCUGGUCGGACCUUUCAGCGAAAUGGCUGCCUUCUUGCGUGCUCGUAAAUAUGUUCGUUGCGUGGUUCGUUUCUCCGACCGUGAACUGUAAGCGUUGAACGCCGACCGUUUGUGAAGACGCACACACACCAAAAGACUAUUCUUGGCCAAGUUGUCAUGGCUGAAGAAAACGUAGAUGUUGGUGGUACACUGGAGGAGGAAGAGGAGGAGGAUGAUUCUGCUGAUGACCCAAAUGUGGAGUUGGAGCUCAGUGCUUUUCGAGCUCAGUGGAUGUCCGAGCUCAAACCGAGCUCCGAUGCGAGCGGCAUGGGUCUGCGGCUUCUGCGAACGUCCGGUCAGAGGAGGACGCAAGAAAUUGCUCGAGAGGAAAAGGCGGCAGAGCUGUUCUUGAGGGCUGUUCAGGAAGAGCAGAAGGGAGCAGUCUAUGAAGCAAUCAAGUUCUAUCGCCUGGCUAUGCAGCUUGUGCCUGACAUAGAGUCCAAAAUCUACUACAGCCGUACUGACGCUGAUCGAGCUGAAAGAAACUACAGUGAGGAGAGAGACGCUGAUGGAGACAUUGAGGAUCUAAUUGCCUACUUUGAGCAUCAGCUCACAUUGGGAAACACCUUUGCCAAGAUUUGUUCUCCUGAGUUUGAAAUGUCUCAGGUGCAUAUAUCAGCGUUGCCACGGGAGAUCUUGAUGUACAUUUUCCGUUGGGUUGUGUCGAGCGACCUGGACAUGCGAGCCCUGGAGCAGCUGUCGCUGGUUUGCCGUGGAUUUUACAUUUGUGCAAGAGACUCUGAGAUUUGGCGUUUAGCCUGUUCAAGAGUGUGGGGACGCAACUGCACCAAACUUGGACCCUUCCUUACCUGGAGGGAGAUGUUCCUGAAGAGGCCCCGCGUUCGCUUUGAUGGUGUCUACAUCAGCAAGACAUCAUACAUUCGUCAAGGAGAGGAAUCUCUAGACGGGUUCUACCGGCCUUGGCACCAUGUUGAGUUCUACAGGUACCUGCGCUUCUUCCCUGAUGGGACAGUCCUCAUGCUGACCACGCCUGAGGAGCCUCAAUAUGUUGUCCCUCGCCUACGCACUCAGAACGUCAGAAUGGACGCUGUCAUGUUCGGUCACUUCCGUCUGUCACAAGAGACGGACAAUCAAACCAAAGUUUUUGCUGUCGUCUGCAAGAGGAAAGAUGAGAAAUUGGAGAUGCAAAAGAAUCGGUUCUGCAGGCGGAACCCAGCGCCGGAGGCUGAGCACACCUUCCAUGUGGGGCUCCUUCUGUCCUCUGGGGGGCGUCAGAAUUUCAAUAAGCUGGUUUGGAUGCAUCAUUCCUGCCACAUCACUUACAAGCUGACUGGGGAAACUGUCGUCACCGCAUUUGACCUGAACAAGAUGUACUCGCCAUUCUUCUUCGGAAGAGUGAAGAGUUACACGGCAUUCUCAAAUCAGCCACUCUAAGCCACCAGGAAGCCUGCAUGUUCAUCAUCACUUUAACAAACAAAGAUCAUUAUCAGUCUUUAUCGUUAAACGUCCAAACUGCAGCUGGUUAUACGUCUAAAGCCUUUACGGUUCUAACAUGCAAGCACUUACGGAUUGAUAAAUGUUUGGUGUUAAAAUUUUCAGUUCUGAUUUCAGAAAUGUUGCACGCUGAAUAAUUAGCAGCACAGUUCACAUGUUGCCGCCAAUGAAUGUUAGCAUACUGGUUUUGUUCCACGGUGCACUUUUCUCCCUCGAAUAAACCACAUUGAAAAUGAA